AUGACUGCCGAUACGAACCAUAAUGACAACCGCGAAGAACAAAAGAAGCACCCUUCUGUAACCGAAAAUAACGAGCGACCGCAAAGAACCCCCCAAGUCUCCGACUACCUUCGAGUGUUCAACUACGCUACAAAAUGGGACUUUUUCAUCUAUGCCCUGGCUUCAGUUGCUUCCAUCGGCGCUGGAAUCACCAUGCCUCUGAUGAACAUCAUCUUUGGUCAACUCGUCAAUCAGUUCACGGACUUUGCCAAAUCUAGCACUGAAAACUCCAGUGAUGGGUUUCGAGACAUCUUAGACAGACAAGUACUUUACAUCGUGGGCCUCUUUAUCGGUCGCUGGGGUCUUAACUCCAUCAAUAAGUACUGCUUUCGCAUGAUUGGUAUCCGCCUGUCAUCUGCUAUCCGUCUUCAUUACCUCCAAUCCCUGUUCUCCCAGUCCAUCCAUGUUAUCGACUCGAUGCCAGCUGGUGCACCAGCGACCGCCAUCACCUCCACGUCAAACACCCUCCAAGUUGGCAUCUCAGAGCGCUUGGGCACCUUCUUGGAGUAUAACGGUACAAUUUGGGCCUCAAUCAUCGUCGCCUUCGUUUGGAGUUGGGACAUCACUCUGGUCACGGCUUCCUUGAUACUGUACAUGGCCACUGCCAUGUCAAUCACGAUGCCGAUACUGGUCAAGGGCCAGACUGCGACCGGAACUGCAGAUGCUCAAGGUACAGCUAUUGCGAGCGAAGCAUUGAAGGGCAUCCGUCUUGUCACAGCCUGUGGCGCCCAGUCUCGUGUUAUGUCUCGAUAUCAGGAAUGGGUCCGAAAGGCUAUGGUGGAAGGCCAGAAGAUCGCGCCCUUCACUGGCCUGCAUCUUGCCUUUAUUUUCUUUGGUGUGUUUGGCGCAUUCGGUCUGUCCUUCUGGUAUGGCACCAAACGCUACAUUGACGGCGCGAUUGACAACCCUGGAGUCAUCAUCAUUGUACUCAUGUCAGUCAUGUUGAUCAUUACCUCACUGGAGCGUAUCGCGACACCUCUCAUGGCCAUCAGUAAGGCCAUGGUCGCGGCCUGUGAGUUUUUCACUGUUAUUGACGCCCCGCUACCUACUUCAGGCUCUCUCAAGCCAGACAUCACAUCAUGUGACAUUGUUUUUGACGGCGUUACCUUUGAGUACCCAAGCCGCCCCGGUGUUUGUGUUCUCGAUGCUUUGAACCUUUGCAUCCGCUCUGGGCAAAACACGGCCAUUGUCGGACCAUCAGGUUCUGGUAAAAGCACCAUUGUCGGGCUGCUAGAACGUUGGUACUCUCUGAAGGAACAUCACAUCCUCCCUCAAGUUGUCCAAGCAACACCAAAGCCAAAGGCCGACGACAGCCCGGAGGUCUUGCCUGGAGGGGAGGUUGAAGCUUCUGGUAAUGCCAAACUGGCCGGUACAAUCUCAAUCUCGGGUCACAGUAUUGAGGAUCUUGAUCUCAAGUGGUGGCGAUCGCAAAUUGGACUGGUCCAGCAGGAGCCUUUUCUCUUCAACGACACCAUCUUUAACAACGUCGCUCAUGGCCUCAUCGGCUCUAAAUGGCAAGACGAGCCCGAAGAAAAGAAGCGGGCGCUUGUCAGCCAAGCAUGCAAGGAAGCAUAUGCGGACGAAUUCAUCAAUCGGCUCCCCGAUGGCUAUGACACUCGCGUCGGCGAUGGUGGUGCGAAGCUCUCCGGUGGUCAAAAGCAACGUCUCGCGAUCGCCAGAAGUAUCAUUAAGCAACCUCACAUCAUCAUUCUCGAUGAAGCAACCAGCGCGAUUGAUGCGAAAAGUGAGAAGAUCGUCCAAGCCGCUCUCGACAGAGUUACCCAAGGCCGCACAACUAUCACCAUUGCUCACCGCCUCUCUACUAUCAAGAAGGCAGACAACAUCAUUGUUCUACAGAAAGGAAAAGUUGUUGAGCAGGGCGCGCACGCAGAUCUCAUCGCCAGGGCGGGCGUGUACUCUGCCCUGGUUGGAGCACAGGCUCUUCGAGUCGCUGAUCAAGCGGAGGAUACUGCCGCUUUGCCCGACGCCGAGAAGAUUGAGCAUAGCUCAGAGCUGGAGGUUACCAAGAUGGACGUUUCAGUAUCUUCUGGAGAUGAAGGCGAUGCUUCCACCAAGCCACGAGGUUUCUUCCAGAGCUUUGGUCGACUUCUCCGUGAACAACGUGGGAAAUGGCCCAAUUAUCUGGGUAUCAUUUUGUCUUCCAUGGCUGUUGCUGCCGGAACACCGAUCCAGGCCUGGCUCUUUGCUAAAGCUAUUGGAGUGUUUCUUUCUCAGGGCGACGAGCUCAAACGGGAGAGUAACUUCUGGGGUCUCAUGUGGCUCGCACUCGCUGGAGGCGUCGCACUCUCGUAUUUCUGCGAGGGCUGGAUCGGCCUUCGCACACAGUAUUAUAUCAGUGCCGUCUACAAAGCGCAGUAUCUCAACGAUAUGCUUUAUCAGAAGAUGGCUUUCUUUGACCAGGAGGAAAAUUCCCAUGGUACAUUAAGUGCUAGGGUUUCGGGUGAUGCGAAGCAGCUGGAAGAGCUUCUGGGUGUCAAUCUUGCGCUCAUGAUCUCCGCCAUGUUCAAUGUCAUCGGCUGCAUGGCCAUAUCUCUCGCCUUCGGUUGGAAGCUCGGCCUGAUUUGCAUGUCUGUAGCUCUACCAGUCAUGCUAGCCGCGGGUCGCUGGAAGCUCAAACAUGAAGUCCACUUUGACAAGAUGAACUCGGCUGUCUUUAUGGAAAGCUCACAAUUUGCGACCGAAGCGAUUGAGGCAGUCCGUACAGUGUCUUCCCUCACCAUGGAAGACUCCAUCAAUGGCAGAUAUCGCGAGCUCUUGGAUGGCCACGUCAAAAAGGCAAAUCGCAAAGCUCAAUGGACUUCAGCAAUCUUCGGUUUCGCAGACAGUGUCAGCCUUGGUGUCCAAGCGUUGCUUCUCUGGUAUGGAGGCACUCUCUUGGCCAGUGGCGAGUACUCGAUGGAGGCUUUCUUUGUGUGUUUCAUGGCUGUGAUGCAGGGUUCCGAGGCUGGUAGUAUGGGACUCGCCCUUGCGCCCAGUGUCGUACAAGUUACGGCUUCAGCGAACAGGAUCUUGGAUGUGCAGCGGUCUGUAGAUCCUGAUCACCAGAACACAUCUGGACAACUGCAUGCUAUCACAGACACUGAAGGAGGUGUCAAGAUCGAGCUACGGGAUGUCUCGUUCAAAUACCCUACCAGAGACACCCCCAUCUUUGACCAUUUGAACCUCACGAUUGAGAAGGGUCAAUACGCUGCUUUUGUCGGAGCAUCUGGAUGCGGUAAAACUACAAUUAUCUCACUUCUUGAGCGCUUUUACGAUGUCCAACCUGGUAACGGAGCUGUCUUGUGCGAAGGUCAAGACAUCAAGGACAGCAACGUCUUCGAGUAUCGAGAAAAUAUUUCGCUCGUGUCCCAAGAAUCCGCCAUGUUCCGGGGCUCAGUUCGCGACAACGUCCUUUUUGGAAUCUCUGAUCCUGAUUCUGUGUCCGACGACCAGAUUCAUCAAGUCUGUCGCGACGCUUUCAUCCACGACUUUAUAGUUUCUCUUCCUGAAGGCUACAACACCGACGUCGGCCAGCGAGGCGUGUCAAUGUCGGGCGGCCAAAAGCAACGGAUUGCUAUUGCGCGCGCUCUGAUUCGAGAUCCUAAGCUCUUGCUCUUGGAUGAAGCGACAUCGGCUCUCGACUCGGAAUCCGAAAAGAUGGUUGCAGCUGCGAUUGACCAGGCUCGCAACGGGAGGACUGUCAUCUCAGUAGCUCAUAGGUUGUCAACCAUCCAGAAUGCUGAUGUCAUCUUUGUCUUUGAUGACGGUAAAGUGGUAGAGAAGGGGACACAUACUGAGCUUGUCAACAAGCAUGGUAUCUAUUGGGAAAUGUGCCAGAGCCAGGCUUUGGAUCGAUGA